AUGGAUGAGGCUACAGUAGCAGUCUCCCUAUUAAGUGCCAACCAAUUUAAAUUGCUUUACUUGAUUAAUUUGUACGCUGUGGCGUCCAAUUCGACGCGACAAAAUGAACGCUGGAUUCGACAUGUUCCGUUAUUAGUACUGCUGUUUGAAGGAAUUUUAAAUGAUGCAUUUGAUUUUGACUAUGCUCCAGCAUCCAUACGAUUGUCCUACAAGGGCAAGACUUUACGUCGUUGGAUCAACUUUUCACGCGAAGGAAAAGCUGCAAUUGAUGAUCUUUGGGCUCUACGCCUUAUUAAUGGUCUUAAACUGUCAAGUGAUGACUUUCAACCCAUUACUGCAUACCAAGUCUCGAUCAAAGGGCAAUUGGCGCUUCGAUUAUUGCCACGGUAUUUUCAGGACUCCGUCGAGACAUUUGUGUACCCACCACCUUCGUACAAUCGACAGCUUUUAUCUGUACGAUACGAUGGACACCAUUUUGUAUUACAAGCUGGUGGGUACAGCAAAACCAGUAGCAUUACAGAGAGCGAUGAUGUCUCGUAUGUCUCGAGUCCAUUCUUACCGCGUUGUUUACGAUCACAAUCAGGAGGGUACUACAAAAUUCAAGAGCAAAGUAAUGCUAAUCGAGCACACGAAUGUGCUCAAGGGACGAUGAGUAUUACUAAAUCAACGUCAGAAGCACUGUCGUUAGGUGAUGUGUAUGCAUUGAUCGGUGAGUGGGUCCCAUUUGGUACAAACCAGAUUGUAGCUUUAAAUGAGCGAAUGGGAGUACUUGAUCGCUGUCAAGGUGGAAUUCUUACAAGUUGUGUUGAUAGUAAUCCCACAGAUACUCAAUUUCGAGUCCCCGUUGGUCAAACUCAAGUUCGGGUUCUUGAUUUUGAUUUUGUACGCUUUACAAAUUUUGAAGCAGAGAGUCAUUUUCCCGAAACACCUGGAAUUGUUCAGAUUGAGAAUUUUGGGAUGCAUUUGAAUAGCAAUGGAUCUCUUAUUUACGGGAUCAAAGUUGAGGCAAUUAUGGAUCGACGAGGUGACGAUGUUGCGAUUGAUCAUCUCUCGCGUCUACUAGUAGAUGUUCAUCAAGACUCAUCCAUGUUGGUAAAUGAUCUCCUCUCUCGCUAUCAAUUAAGUCUUUUAGAAAUGCUUUAUCUUGGCGACUCGUUUCAACGGAACAAGUACAAUUGUAUCCUAAGCAAACAGAUUGUACCAAAGUUACCCGCUCAAGCUUAUGUGAGUGACUCUCGCUAUGCCAACGAAUUGGCACAAGUGCUUGGAGAUAUCCACGCGAGCCACGAUUUGACCGCAGACGACGUGCUUGUAGUGGGAAAAGCAGGUUGUCUUUUUUCUGGUCCUAAUGUUUUUCGAUAUGAACAUAUUUUCACCUCGUACGUUGGAUUAGUGUGUCGCGAUAUCUUUAUUAAGAAUUUUUUUGCCCGUACGUUUGUCCUUGACGCAACAUUGAAAGAGAUUCGUCAACUGAUCCAUCGAGUACAUCGGGAACCUGCAACUGUUUUACUCGUUCGAGAAAAGCUCUCGGCCGUGUCAAAAGACACUAUUUUGCUAGUAGAGACGCUUGAAUACCUUUUAGACUCAUUAGAGAGUGUCGAUCUCUCGCUUCCGCAAUCUUCCAAUGAUAUGGAAGUAAAUACAAAUUCUGCUACGGAUAACGAAACAAAACAAUCCGUUUCGAAACCACAUGAACUAGAUGCUGAUGCAAAAUUGUUUCAAGUUCUUGCGUUGCCUCAACUCAAAGCACAGACGAUCAUGCGAUGUCACGAUUCAAUCAAGUUGAUGGAGAACACAAUGCUUCAAUUAGAGCAACUCCAGAUGAUUGCCGAGUCCACGGCUACUAAUCAACUCGAAAUGGCUUGUUCUCGUGUCAAUUUAAAUACUCGUGCACUCAUGACAGCAAUGGCACAACAGACAGAAAUGUCCAUUACGCUUGAUGCUCUGCAGUAUUUUGUAAGUGGAAUCUUUUUAUUCGAUUUGAUUGAUCGACUUACUGGAGGCACGUGGAAUGGUCACAUUCCCGACUGGGCCAUGAAAUUCAUUGUUAAUCCGAUUCUUCAUCAGCCACUUCUCUGGUGGGUUCUCAAUCUACUCCUCUUUGUUCUAUUCAGCAUGAUGCUAAAAUGGAUUACAGAUUGGCGGAAUUGUAAAGUAUUAGGAUGGUGUGAAGCUUCCUACGAAGUCAAUCGAAGCAUUUCUAUUUGGAAGCUUGACGUGUAUCUAGCCUCUCGUGGCGUUCAAAGCAGUGUGACGCUUCGAAAAGCAGCUACACCAGGAGCAAAAGUCGCCAAUCGAUUCCGUUUACUAAAGUGGCAAGAAACAGACGCUGCACUUUGGGGUGGGGUGCUGCCUGAGAUUGACCUUGUGUUCGAUGAUCGUCACGCAUUUCUCAUGUUUGUGUCCCUGCGCUUCGAUGGCAAACGCUCGCCACGAUUACUAGAAGAAGAAUGCUUUCAAAAGUUUCUUGAGAUUUUCACGCGGGCGGAGAUAUUCUCGAAAGAUCCGCCACCAUGA